AUGCAAUUCACUCUCUCCGCAUCUGCCGUACUUGCCCUUGUGGCCUCUGCGCUUGCCCUGCAGGUCACUGCUCCUGCUGAAGGCUCGAACCUUGAUCUCAGCACAGACAAUACGAUCAGCUGGGCUUCGGUCUCAACCGAUCCAAGCACCUUCAACAUCGUCCUCGUAAACAACAACGUCAAUCCUCCCGUCCGUAUUGAGAUAGCCUCCGACGUUGAGACGUCCACUGGAUCUUACGAUCUCUCUUCUGUCCCCGGCGUUACUCCUGGCGAGAACUACCAAAUCAAUCUCGAGGGUACCUCGGCCAGCAAUCAAGGCAUUUUGGCACAGUCUGGACAAUUCGAUGUUGCUGAUGCCGGUUCGUCUUCCACCUCCUCGGCAUCCUUCUCGAGCUCUACCCCGUCUACCUCUGGAGUUACAUCAACUUCCACAGUCACUUCGACCAUUUCUUCAAGUGGAUCUAUAACCACUAUCACUUCGACGGGCACUUCUACCUCCACUGUCAGUGCGAGCUCCGGUUCUGCCUCUGCCUCCGGCUCUGCCUCCGGCUCUGCUUCCGGCUCUUCUUCUGGCUCUGCUUCCGGCUCUUCUUCUGGCUCUGCUUCCGGCUCUUCAAGCAGCGCGGUUGCUAGCUCUACUGGUGCCGCAAGCUCGCUCAAUACCUUUGCUGGUGCUGGCGUCCUGGCCAUGAUUGCUGCUUUGUUUGCCUGA